CGAUAAACCCAAUAAAGAAACAAAGAAUGAGCUCGCGUAUGAUAUGUUUGUGUUUCCUCCGUGUUUUUCUAUCUUGAGUGUUUUAUUGAAUGUAAAAAAAGAUUAUAUUGAGUGUAAACUCCGUCUUGUGUUAAGAUGUUGAUGAUGAGAGAUGAGAUGGAUGUGAUGUGCUGUAAAUCAGUAGGAACUGAUCUGUCUAUGCUGGAUAUUGAGGAUUUCAUCACAGAAAUCUCUCAGCUGAAGAAAGAGGUGGCGUUACUGGAGACAAAGUUGAGGUUAAGAGGAGAUGAAGGACUGAAGAGAGAGGAUGUGGAUUGUUGUGAAUCUUCAGUGUAUUUGACUGAUGGACGUCUGGAUUCAGUGUGGAUGAGCAGAGAUCAGAGCCGCACACCACAGACACUGCUGGACUCUAAACUCUCUGAAGAGAAAUCCAGACACACACAGAACUCAGAGCUCAGUCUCACUUUACUCGGUUAUACUGAGUCAAAGCCCACAAACACUCAGUACACUACAGUGUGUGACAGUAAACAGAGCUUACAGGAGGAUCAAACCUCCACAGAGUCUCUAGAUUCUGUCUGUAAAGCUGGAGAACAGCAACAGAUCCUGCAGACCACAAUGAAGAUGUGUUCAGUUAAACUCAUUGACUGCAGGAACCUGAUGAUGAAGAUAAAAACAGAACCCACAGCAGAUGAAUAUGAAGACAAUCAUAAUGGUCAUGAGUUUAUUCUCUCAGACGUGAAGAGUGAAUCAUGUUGUGAUGGAGAAAUAACAUCCUCAACAUCAGAAGAGCGACUGACAGCACAAACUCAAGAGAAGAAACUUCAUUCAGAAGAGCAAAGAGAGACGAAGAAGAAGCCGUUUAACUGUGAACAAUGUGGGAAGGAUUUUGAUUUCUUAUUUCAGCUGAAAGGCCACAUGAGGACACACAGUGAUGAAAAAUCUUUCUACUGCACUCAAUGUGGCAAUUACUACAGCAGCAAACAAAGUCUUUGUAUGCAUAAGCGAAUUCACAAAGAAGAGAAACUGUAUGAGUGUCCUCACUGUGAGAAGAGAUUCAACUACCAAUACAUUCUAAAGAAUCAUGUGCGUUCACACACCAAUGAGAGACCGUAUCAGUGCAGUCAAUGUGGAAAAACCUUCACACAGUCAUGCUCUUUAAAGUCACACGAAAAAACACACUCUCAAGAGAAACUCUAUUCAUGUUCAUACUGUGAUAAAUGUUUUAGGUUUAAAUCUAAUAUGAUAGUUCAUGAGAGAGUUCACACUGGGGAGAAACCUUACGUCUGCAGUGUUUGUGGGAAGAGUUUUCAUCAGCAUAAAAAUUUAGUGACACACCAGAGAUCUCAUACAGGGGAAAAACCUUACAAAUGCUCUCAGUGUGACAAGACGUUUACUCAAUCAAACUCCUUAAAAGUCCACGAGAGAAUUCACACAGGAGAGAAACCUUAUGGCUGCUCUUUCUGUGGAAAAAGCUUCUCUGAUCCAUCUUAUUUUAAAGUUCAUCAGAGAGUUCACACUGGGGAGAAACCUUACGUCUGCUCUUACUGUGGUAAGAGUUUCUCUGAUCCAUCUUAUUUUAGAGUUCAUAAGAGACUUCACACUUGAGAGCAACCUCAUCACUGUAGGGUUUGUGGAAGAGUUUUAAUCACCAUGAACAUUAAUAAGUGACACACCGGAGAACUCAUACUGGUAAAAGACUUCAUAAAUGCUUUCGGUGUGAUAAGGUGUUUGUUCGAUCAGAUGGCCUGGAGACCCAUGACUUCUGGAGAGUAACCUUGUUACCACUUCUUGAUUUUUUUUCUGUGUUGUAUGUAUAUGUGACUCUCUGUCAUUCCCUCAGGAUAUUUUUCCGGAUAUUUUUAUGGCAGCUUUGUAAACUAUUUUUUAAUCUA